AACAUUGGGUAAUGUUUUACUAUUUCUUUCAGCUACCGGCCAGGUUAAAGUUGGGAAAGAUUUGACUAUGGAAUUUUCUUACUAUUUCACAAUGAACUUAUGUGUUUAUGACAGAAGACUCAGGGAGGCUUGUCAAGACCUGACGAUUACCUUAUGGGCGUGUUUUCAGACGCCUACAUGCAAUGACCAAUCAGAUAAUAACAUUAUUGAUACAUAUGGAACAUACACAUAUGGUCACGGUGGAAGCAGUAACACGAUUUUCAACAUGGACUAUCCACAACCAACUGAACAUUUCCCUGCAUUCAGUUCUACAUGGCAUGACCUCACGUGGACUUUUGAUUUGAACGAAUUCCCAGAGGCAGCCAUUAAUUCUGAUACAGGAGAAAUAUACAUCACUCGGAAUAUCAGCAUAUGGCCAUCAUGGCCGACAAAAGAUUACAACCAGGUGGUACGGGUUGCAAACUCAGAGUCCUGUUACACAACGACUUGUAACUUUAAAGUUCGAAUCCACUACACUAAUUGGCCAAUAGAAAUUCGAAGUUUACCCGCGAGCUUUAACCUUCACGAGGAUUAUGAUUUGGAAAUCAAAAUACAUUCAUUGAUCACUUACGAUUAUAAUAAUCACAUGGAAGACAAUGUCACGUGCCAAAUCAUUGACUGGUCCCCUAAAGAGAAUGAUAUGUUUGAACUCAGACAUGACGGAAACUUUGAUUAUGAUUCAUAUAGCCUUUAUAAGUUGAGAUGUCAAGAACCAGGAUGUGGUUACAAAUACCAGCAACCAAGGGCAUACUAUUGUGAUACUGAUAUUGGUUGCUUGACCCACAACCGGACUCAACAAUAUACCGUGACAAUACAGUGUUGGGACGCAUACAACUCAACCGACGUUGACGUGUUUACGUUCAACAUCAAUAAGAAUCAAGUUCCAAUCUAUAGACAUUUGCCUACUCACAUUGAUCUUAAUCGACAGAACGUCUCAUAUCUGGACACAAUUUUCGAGAUAAUGUACUCAGACGCUGAAAACGAAAACUUGAUUUAUGAAUAUACAUACCAAGACGUUGAUACUAAUGUUGAUCCGAACUACUUUCUUGGAACAACUUGGGGAAACUAUUACAGUUGA